CAUCACAAUAGACAGGCGGCGCCACCACGCAGACUCGCCAUUUUCGGGCUUUGUGCGCCACCAUCUAGUCUGUGUUUUUACAUUAAAUCGCGCUGCAGAAAUGCAAGGAAACAGGGGCCACCAGCAGAACCACGGCCCGAACCGCCAGUUCGGGCCGGGCGAGCAGAAGCGACCCGGGGGAGGAAACAGCAGCAAUGGCCAGCAGCCGGAACCGAGCGCGCAGAGCUCUCCGAACGAGGGCCUGACUUUAGACCUGCAGAGCUUCAGGAAGCCCGGGGAGAAGACCUUCACCCAGCGGAACCGACUGUUUGUGGGGAACCUCCCCGCCGGCGUCACCGAGGACGACCUGGCCAAGAUGUUCGCUAAGUACGGCAAAGCUAACGAGAUCUUCGUCAACAGGGAACGAGGCUUCGGCUUCAUCCGACUGGAGACCAGGAUCAUCGCCGAGAUCGCCCGAGCCGAGCUGGACGACACGCACUUCCGAGGUAGGCCCAUCCGGGUCCGGUUCGCCACGCACGGCGCCGCGCUGACGGUGAAGAACUUGCCGGAGUUUGUGUCCAACGAGCUGCUGGAGGAGGCCUUCGCCAUUUUCGGCCAGAUCGAACGGGCCAUUGUUAUAGUGGACGACAGGGGGCGCCCCACAGGGAAAGGCAUUGUGGAGUUCACCUCCAAGCCGGCAGCGAGGAAGGCUCUGGAUAAGUGCAGGGAUAGCUCCUACCUCCUCACCGCCUUCCCUCGACCGGUCAUGGUGGAGCCCAUGGAGCAGCUGGACGACGAUGAGGGCCUGUCCGAGAAGCUGAUCAACAAAAACCAGCAGUUCCACAAGGAGCGUGAGCAGCCCCCACGCUUCGCCCAGCUGGGCACCUUCGAGUACGAGUAAUGCCAUGCGCUGGAAGGCCUGAUGGAGAUGGAGAAGCAGCAGUAUGACAUGGUGGACCGCAACAUGAAGGAGGCCCAGGAGAAGCUGGAGGCUGAGAUGGACGCGGCCAGGCACGAGCACCAGGUGUUGCUGAUGAGGCAGGACCUGCUGCGGCGCCAGGAGGAGCUGAGGAGGAUGGAGGAGCUUCACAGCCAGGAGGUGCAGAAGAGAAAGCAAGCGGAGCUGCGGCAGGAAGAGGAGAGCGGCGGGAGGAGAGAGGAGGAGAUGAGGAUGCGCAGUGAGGAGAUGAUGAAGAGGCAGCAGGAGGAUUCAGAGGGGAGCUUCUCCGAAAACCGGGAGGCAAGACAUGCGGAAUGCCACAUGGUGGGCCAUGCCAUGGGCAUGAACAGGAACACUCUGGGGGGCAGUUCUGUGGCUGCUGGUACUGCCAGCAUGACGUCUGAGAGCACCCCCAUGAUGGCAGGAGCAGGGAACACCAACAUGUCAGCAGGCGGUCAAGGCAGCUUCCCCCGAGGCCUCCCCGGACCCGCCGACUACGUACCGAGCAACAAGCAACGCCGAUUCUGAAUCAUUUUCCCUCCAAAUUUUAAAGAUUACUUAGUCAGCGUUACGUUUAUACUUUCAGAAAGGAUUCAUGUAGGGUUUUCCCCCCCUUUUUUUUCGCUUUUUGUUUUUUACUUUGUACCUUUUUGAAGUUUCAUAUUUGAAUGUUAAAAUGAGCCGUCUCUCACGUUCUACUUCUCAAAGGGAUAGAAAAUGUCUUUUGUGUCUAGAUCUACUGUUUUUUCUGGAAUAGAAUGAUGACUCCUGAA